CGGUCGGGGCGCUGUACGCAUCCAGUUUAUAUCCAUAUUCGGUAAUUAGAUAUGGCCGACGAAACAUAACCGUACUGUCGUCCUAUCGAACAACCGGUGCAAGUGUUUUCGGUGUUUUCUUUCCAUCCACCAGUCGAGUUUGCCGAAGAAAAUCCGCGUAUAGCUGCACGUUGGUAAAUUAGGUGGGAUCAGCAGUUGUAGGCGAAAGCGCGUUCCGAUACAACCGGCGACACUUCUGUGCGAGAGAUAAAAUUAGUCAUCCAUUUCCUAUUUGGUGGAAAUCCAAUACACAUCAAAGUGGGCACAAAUCCAGAAAACAGCUGAAACUCGACCAUGUCUUAUACAUCUAAGAGUAUUUACGUUACCCUUCCAAGGACGCAGAGAGGUCAGCCCUUGGUUUUGGGCGGUGAUCCUAAGGGCAAGAACUUCCUUUACACCAAUGGCAAUUCAGUUAUCAUUAGAAAUAUUGAGAAUCCUGCAAUUGCUGACAUUUACACUGAACAUUCAUGUCCCGUGAAUGUCGCCAAGUACUCUCCAAGUGGAUUCUAUAUUGCCUCUGGUGAUCAAUCCGGUAAGGUUCGCAUUUGGGAUACCGUCAAUAAAGAACAUAUCCUGAAAAAUGAGUUCCAUCCAAUUGGAGGACCAAUCAAGGACAUCGCGUGGUCUCCGGAUAACCAAAGGAUGGUGGUUGUUGGUGAGGGCAGGGAGAGGUUCGGGCACGUCUUCAUGUCGGAAACCGGAACAUCCGUCGGCGAAAUUUCUGGACAAUCGAAGCCGAUCAACAGCUGCGAUUUCAGACCAGCUCGUCCUUUCAGGGUGAUCACUGGAUCCGAGGAUAACACGAUCGCCGUCUUCGAAGGACCUCCAUUUAAAUUCAAGAUGACCAAACAGGAGCAUAGCAGAUUCGUGCAGGCUGUCCGUUAUUCACCUUCCGGAAACUUGUUUGCCUCUGCUGGUUUUGAUGGUAAAGUUUAUUUAUACGAUGGAACCACUUCGGAUUUGGUAGGAGAGGUGGGCAGUCCAGCGCACAGUGGAGGCGUCUACGGAGUGGCUUGGUCUCCAGAUGGGAAACAAUUGCUCACCUCCAGCGGAGACAAAAGCGCUAAGCUUUGGGACGUCGAGACCAGGCAAGUAGUAUCCGAAUUUAAACUUGGAGAUACCGUCGAUGAUCAGCAAGUCUCUUGCCUCUGGCAGAACAACUACUUGUUGUCUGUCUCGUUGAGUGGAUUCAUCAACUACUUGGAUGUCAACAAUCCUGAGAAGCCGCUUAGGAUUAUUAAGGGUCAUAAUAAGCCGAUCACUGUUUUGACUUUGAGCGAAGAUCGCAGUAACAUCUUCACAGGUUCGCACGAUGGUUUUGUUACCACCUGGAACGCUGGUACGGGCGAAAACGAUAGGAUCGAGGGCACUGGACAUGGUAACCAAAUUAACGGUAUGAAAGCCAACAAGGGCAUUCUGUACACUUGCGGAAUUGACGAUUCUUUAAAGAAGAUCAAUAUCGAAGGUAACGUGUACAUGAAAGAGGACUUGAAGCUAGGUUCGCAACCAAGAGGCAUGGACAUCUUCAAGGAGACGAACACCAUCGUCACUGCUACAGUGUCUGAGGUGAACGUCAUAAAGGAUGAUCGAAAGGUUAGCAGCCUGAAGGUCGAUUACGAACCUUCCAGCGUGAGCGUGAACUCUAGUAACGGACACGUUGCUAUCGGUGGUACAACUGAUCAAAAGGUCCAUAUCUACGAGCUGCAGGGUGACAACCUGGUGCAAAUUAAGGAGCUUGAGCAGCUUGGUGCCAUCACCGAUUUGACUUACUCGCCGGACGAGAAGUAUCUGGUGACCAGCGAUGCCCAUCGCAAAGUUGUCCUAUACUCUGUCUCCGAAUACGAGCAUGCCAACAAACACGAAUGGGGCUUCCACAAUGCCCGAGUCAACUGCGUUGCUUGGUCUCCGGAUUCACUGCUCGUCGCCAGCGGCAGUCUUGAUACCAGCAUCAUCGUUUGGUCCGUCGAGAAGCCAUCGAAACACAUUAUUAUCAAGAAUGCACACGCCCAAAGCCAAAUCACCAGAGUGUCCUGGCUGGACAACACGACUGUGGUCUCCGUUGGCCAAGAUUGCAACACCAAGCUGUGGAGCAUCACACCCUUCUAAUUAUUGUUCCUAUCCCAGCCACCUCAAUUCAAAUGCAUUUUGGUUUUACUUUCAAAUCGUCUAAGGCUUUUAUUUAAAUUAUUUUUAUUCAGUAUUUAUUUAUUAUUACUCAGUAAUUAUUUUAAUUGUUUUUUUUUUUGGUUUUCCGUUUUUGGUAAUUGGCAGGUCAGUUGUGCAUGGAGUGUAUGAGAUCGGGUUUAGAUGAAAUGUGUCAAUACUUAAUUAAUAUCUCUAUAUUUUGAUAUACUUGCCUAAUUAUAUAAUAUAAAUAUAUAUAUAUAUAUAAAAAAAAUGAUAUGUAAUUUUUUACCAGUUAUAUCGGGAAUGUUUACGAUAAUGUGGUUAUCGAAGAGCGAAUAAAAGAAACAAACGAAAA